CGUUAAUAGAAUGUGUAUGGCUCUUGCUUCGCUUCUGCGAAACGGAACUGUCGUUUUUUCCAGCUGACGUUGACACUGCACCAUGGCAACGCACUAUGCGCUCUUGUCAGCGUCCAGAGACCGAAUCAGCUCCGCGAUCAGAUCCUACAUGAGGAGAUUAGCUAAUUACAGCAUUGUUUUGCACGGUGUGCCAGAUAUUAUAACUAAAUUACUAGAUGUUUGUCGUGUUUCCCCUCCCCCGCUUUAUUGUUUUAUAUAAACAUUGUGUGAAAAGUUGAGGUUGCACAGCGCGAGGGAGACGAUGCUUGAAUCUAUUCAAGUUACAGAACAGCUCCAUCGACCAGAGCUGGAAACAUCUAAGAAGUAUCUAUUAAGCCCCAUGGAGAAACCUGUGAGCCCCAGUCAGGUCCAUCUGGAAUGCGUGUCCUCUGGCGUUCUGAAGAAUCUGUUUAACACGGGCACCAGGAGCCACAACAUGCUGCUUCGGAAAGAGGCCGAUGAACAGAAGAACCCUAAGCACUCUCUGUACAACUGCCCCAAAAAAGCACAAAGAGUCUCUACAGCAACACAUUGCACCAGACCCCAGCCAACCCUUGCACCUCUCGCGUGGAGUGGGAUGACCGUUGGUUGCAGAGACGCCAGGCACACUCAGUCUGUCUUUUCCUGCUUCUCCGCCAGCAGUUCCAGGCAAAUGAACAGCAUCUCAGUGCUGGGCAGCGGCAUUCGUCUCUCCCCCUGCCCCAUCCCCAGACCCAAGAACAGCAGCCUGGCUGGUUUCCCAGGUACAAAACUGCCCCAGCUGUCUAGAGUAUGUCUUGCUGGUCGUGAUGGGGAGAACUCAAUCAAGAAGUUGUGCAUUCUCACUGCCAUAAAGCCGUCUAAUGUGGAGAAUGAGAGGGCCAGAUUUUUCAAAUCAGAGUUUAACUACAACCCUCAGUUUGAGUACAGCAACCCUGUCCCUCCACAAGUGCUGGCAAAGCAAAGCAACGCUUCAGAUCGCUUCCUCAAUCAAGCUGUGCGGAUCAUGGAUUUGGCCCUGCAGAAAUACGGCUCCUAUGAGAAGUUUGAGCAGGCUACAGGAGGAAACCUCCUCACCAAGAGCCGCAUCUGUUACCACGUCAAAAAAUACAUGGAAAAGGAGGGAUGCAUGGGAGAGAUAGUGGUUCACCUGACUAAUGACCUCCUGUCCAGAGCCUCAAUGACUGUAGUGAACAGCAGACCUACACUCACCAUUAACAUCUGUACUGCUAGAGAACAGUGGCUGGAGGGGAUGCUAAUGCAUGAAAUCGGUACACACUACUUCCGCAGCAUCAACAACAGUCACCAGCCGUGGAGCAGCGGUGGGGGAAGGAAGAAACACGGUCUGCGGCCCAUGAACCCAACUGAAGAGGGGCUGGCCAGCAUUCACAGCGUGCUCUUUCGUAAGGAUCCCACCCUGUGGCGUGCUGCCCUGCUCUACUACACCGUCUACCAGGCCAGCCGCAUGUCCUUCUCACAGCUCUUUCACAACCUGGGCCGAUUCGUCCAUGACCCAAACACACGGUGGGACUACUGCGUCAGAGCCAAACGUGGACAGACCGACACAGCACAGCCAGGUUGUUUCAGUAAGGAUCAGGUGUAUCUUGAUGGCAUCCUGAAGAUCCUCAGACACAGACACAUCAUUGAUUUCCAGCUGCUCAUGGCUCUGGGAAAGGUGUCAUAUGAGGAUGUGGAGUGUCUGAAAGGUCUGGCUCUGAUGGAGCGUGUGCGCAUUCCUCACUUCCUGCAGGACCGAGCCCGCUACACAGAGCAGCUGCAGAAGAUCAUGGAGGUUAACCAGUUGACCGAUGAGGAGCUGUGCUUGCUUAUCUGACCUCCAGCAGCUCAUCACAAAAACCUUGCAUCGGAGCGAUGAUUUUCUGUUUUUUCAUGCUCCAUCACUAUUCAAUCUCUCCUUCCACUGUGUCUUAAUCCUAUGUUUGUACACUUCCAUAUUUUAAACCAAAUUGCACCUUAAAGUGUCCAGAAAUAAAUGCCUACAGUUCCUUAUGA